UGGGGUGAGAGCUGACAACAGACAGGCCCACUUGUAUGCAUGCGAGAAGCGAACGACCAAACGACCGAGCAUUAUCACAAAGCUACGCUCGAAUAGCUGUCUGGACCGGACUAACAUCAACUUCUAUUUGCUCCCACCAGUGGUCCAUCUUUUAUGGCGCUCAUACACAACAACUGCUGUUUCUAUGCCACCCCUAUUUGCUGGGUAGUGUUUCAGUAUUUCGUGUCGAUUUCCUUUGUUGUCUUCUUCUAUAAGUUCGACGCUGGGUGCAUGGGUUCAUGGGUUCAGGGGGUUCGUGGUCUGGAGUUGUGGUUGGGAAGGAGCAUGGGAAGGUUUCUUGUGAAGCCUUAUGACGGACACUGGGUUUUUGCUGUACAAUCGAACCAGAAGUAUGGCUUUGCUGGCCCGCACUCCAUUUCAGUCCUCAGUAUAAUGAUCCGCAAGUUGAUAGUGUUGUGUUCUGAGGAAGAAGUUGGUUGGAGAUGGAGCUGACAAAGUCUCGGAUGCAUUUUGAGUCCGAUCUGGUCCGUGCUCGUCUAGAUAAGAAACGUCAUAAUCGCAAGCAAUUCCAC